GUUGUCUGGCCAAAGGCGCUAGCAGUCGCCACCGGCCCCGCUCCCAAUCCGCGCUGCCAUGACAGUCCUUCUCCGUGUCGCGGCGAGUACACCAAGUACCAAAGCGUUUAAAGAGCGCCGCUGCUGACUGAUGCACCUAUCCGCGUUGCACUGCGAGAAGCUCCACCGAGAUCCGUUCUCGGGGUUCGUCAAGGUGCUUGGAAUUGCUCCGAACCAGUUCUCCGCGGAUCGACCAGGCGCGGCCGUCCUGGACGUGUUGAUCAUCACUAUCAUCAUCAGCGGGAGUUUCACGAAGCGUGUCCUGGAUAUAUCUGUGUAUAAAGUGGUGGAUGUUGUGGCGGCGGUGUUGUUGAUGUAAUGCGUGUCCCGGAAUCCCGCACGCACGUCUGGCUCGCUGUCAGUUUCGGAGCACCAGGUAUUGGUCCGCGUCGAGAUACAACAAGCAGCCACGCUUUCCCUGGAUUUGGACGAUCGAUGCGCCUCGUCGAACCCUGUAGGGGACGAUCCUGAGGGCGACUCGAUGAACGUCGUGCCGUUGUUGCCGGUCGAUAGGGUGCACCGGUACGCUUCGGGGCGAGCCGGAGCAUUGGUGGGAGCUUUCUCGGACGCAGGACCGAGCUUAUCCCGGCGCGAAUCGUGACAGACGGCCGCCUCCUUUCGGCACGUUUUCGGCAGCGGCGACUAAAAAGCGAUGCUCGCGAUCGGUCAAUAACGCCGAUCGCUCAAUCGCGAAUCACGACACACGCUCGCCGCUUGUUUUCACGGACGGUGCUGUGAUCACACACAUAUACAUAUAUACACACACACUGUGAUAUAUACGUGUAAUAUAUAUAAAAUACAUAUAUAUAUAUAUAUAUGCUACGAGGUGCGAGAGAUCGAGACUGUUCGCGAUUGCGUCGCGUAGGGCCUCACGUCAAGCACGUUGAAGCAAUCGAGAAACGAGAUAUCUCGUAUGUUAUCUCUUUCUCGCGUUCGGUUUGGGAACAUUUAAAAGUCGAGGAAGAUGUUUAACUUUAUGAAGAAGGCCGCGGAGAAGGACGACAAGGAGAAGCGGAAGCGCGAGAAGAAGGAGCGGAAGGAUGUCAAAAAGCGCGAUCGCAGCAGCAUGUCAGCGGAGGAGCUUCUGCGAUUGGAUGAGGUCCGCAGAUCAUUGAAGAUUCCCGGUCGCCGGAAGGAGAAGGAGAAGCUACCGAGCGGCAUCACCGCGGAUUACAGCGCGUCUUUCUUCGCGCAUCUGGACCGCGACCUUCUGGACGCCACGCAGAAUACAGAUUCGGGUCUAGGCUCGACGAUCAGCGCCGGUACCAGUAGCUGGUCCAGCGUCAGGACACCCGACGGCUUGAUGCAGAGCGACUCGUCGGAGGCGUCUCUCACCUCCCUAACGGCUACCACGACGACGUCGUCGACGACAACGAGUCAUGCGGGUGGUAGGAAUCUGCCACCCCUGCCGCCGAAGCCGCCCAAACGAGGGAUCCUCAAGGGACCCCGAUUGAGCGUGAACAGCGGCCUCGGGAGUGUCCUUUCGGAGGAGAACGCGCUGCCGAACGGCACCGAGACGAGUUACCAGGAAGCCAGCAAUCUGCUGGUGAGGAACACUCUUCAGAACGAGGUGAUAGCGUAUCAGAACGUGCCGACGUAUUUCAACAGCGUCCUGAACAAGGACGAUCUGUGUAGCGAAGAGGAGACGGUGUGUCAGACCACGUGGCGCGUCACGACGCCGCAUCAAACUCAGCAACACUAUCAGCAACAGCAGCAUCAUCAUCAAAUCGACGCCAAACUGCUGCAGGUCGUCACUAGUGCUAGUCCAUCCGCGGAUUCCUUGACGGACACGACGAACUCGAGUUUUGCCACGCCGCCGUUCAGCCUGUCGCCGGUCGGCGAGUCCCAGGGUUUCUCGAGGUGGCGUUCGUCGGUCUCCUUCGAGGAGCAGGGAAUCGAGCUGCAGCUGCCGGAGCUGGUGCCACUCGAGCUACCCGAGCCUAGGGAGCUCACUAUUCAGAGGCAGCCGCCGCCGCGAAGCGAUUUCGGCUUUUCCCUUCGUCGUGCCGUGAUCGUCGAACGAGCGGCGAACGGCGUCACCCAGAUGAGGCCGGUGAUCUUCGCCGAACCCGGAGCCCUGGUCCAGCAUAACAACGACACGGGUCUAAUACCCGGCGAUAGGCUGAUCGAGGUCAACGGGAUCAACGUGGACGACAAAACGCGCGAGGAGAUUAUCGAUCUUAUUAAGAGCUCCGCCGGCAGCGUCACUGUAAAGGUGCAGCCGGUCGCCGAGCUGUCGGAGCUAUCGAGACGCGGCGGCUGUGACGGACGUCAAGUCGAAUUGGCACCUGCGAAUAUCCGCGGCGGCACGCUUCGCCGAUCCGGCAGUUUGCGGUUUCAUCAGAAUACAGCACGAUCAGAGGAGCAUCUGGCGCAAGAACAAGCAUGGCUAACUUCCGAAAAGAUCUGGUUAUUGCAUCGAGGAGGUUUCACUCCUGCCACAAGGUGCGGUUCCGCCGAUCCCGACACAGGAAAAUUGAGAAUCCGAUUGACCACUUCUGGAGAGGAGUUGCUCGUGGACGAGGAAGACGUAGAAAAGGCUAACCCACCCCAGUUUGAUAAAGCCGAGGAGCUUUCCCAGUUACGGUUCUUGAAUGAAUCGUCCGUUCUCCACACGUUCAGGCAACGUUAUGCCAGUAACUUAAUACACACAUAUGCGGGGGACAGCAUGAUCGUUAUCAAUCCGGUUGCACCAUUGGCGAUUUAUUCUGAAAAGGUUGCGCACAUGUUUCGAGGUUGCAAAAGCGAAGAUAUGCCACCGCAUAUCUAUGCGAUAGCGCAGUCGGCUUAUCGAGGAAUGCUGGCGACACGCAGGGAUCAUUCUUUGGUUUUCCUCGGACGAAGCGGAGCGGGGAAAACUACAAAUUUCAAACAUGCUCUUCAUUAUCUCGUAUUGGCUGCCGGCACGGUUAACAAGAUCUUGACGAUCGAGAAGCUGAACGCGCUCUUCACGGUUCUCGAGGCCUUCGGAAACAGUAGAACGCAUAUGAAUUCGAACGCGACGCGUUUCACGCAGCUCUUCAGCCUCGACUUUGAUCAGUCGGGUCAGAUCGCCUCGGCCUCUCUGCAAGUGCUGCUGCUGGAGAAGUCGAGGAUAGGUCGACGAGCCAACGGAGAUCCGACCUUCCACGCCGCCUACCGUCUGUUGGCUGGCGCGGAGGGUGCACUGAGGAAAGAGUUACAUCUUACGAAUCUAGUCGCCGAGAACAAUCCCUUCGUCACGCCGCUGCAGAAGCACGAGGACAAGCAGCGGGCUAUGGUCGAGUUCAACCGCAUCGUCGCCGCCUUCAGGAUACUCGGCAUCUCCGAGGCUGACGAGAAGGUCAUCUGGCUGGUGCUGGCCGGCAUCUAUCAUUUGAGCUGCGCCGGGGCCGUGAAGGCCGGCACCAGUUCGCAGAGCAGGUGGCAAUUCGCCAGGGUUGAAUGCGCGGAGAAGGCCGCCAAUCUUCUGGGCACCUCCGUCGAGGAGUUGAGCCGAGUGGUCUUCUCGUCCAACGGAGGUGGCGCUGGAACACCGAGCACUCCGAGACCGGCUCUGAGAACGCCUAGCCCGACCGAGCAGGGCAAGGACGUCACCGGGCUCGAUGCGCUGGAGGGACUCCUGGUCGGACUCUACUCCGAAGUCUUCCACUGCGUCGCGGCUCUCAUUAACAAAUCCAUAUCAUCCGCUGUACAUACGGUUUCCUCUGUGCUGCUGUGCGAUUCGCCAGGUUUUCAAAAUCCUGCUUCGUGCGGCCGGCAAACCGGAGCAACUUUCGAGGAUCUUUGUCACAAUUAUCUGCAGGAGCGUCUGCAGUUACUGUUUCACCAUACUACGUUGAUAGCUCCGAAGGAUAGAUACGUCCAGGAGGGCAUUGACGUAGAUUACGAGGACGAUUACGAUGAGGACGGCAUCGGGUCGCCUCAAGGUUUAGUUUCUCUUCUGGAUCGCGGAAGCUCUCAAAGCGCAACGAUGUUGCGAACUAGUCAAAGCGAUCUUAGCGGCAGCAGGCAGAUGGAACGAAAAGGAUUACUCUGGCUGUUGGACGAGGAGACCGUAUGUCCCGGAGGUAGCGACGAGACUUUCCUGGAUCGUUUAUUUUCUCAUUAUGGAGACCGAGAUCAUCAAACGCUUUUGCGAAAAGCGCCGGGGAACAAUCAAUUCGUUUUACAACACUUGUUGGGAACAAAUCCCGUUCUUUAUACUGCCACCGGUUGGCUUAAGGCCACGCGCGAGAAUCCUGUCGCCAAGAGUGCCAUCACAAUACUUCAAGAAAGCACACGAGAACACGUGAGCAAGCUGUUUGUAAGUGCCCGAGGUGCCGGUGUUUCCGGCGCUUUAUGCGGUUCCAUGCCAGGGCUCGAAGGCUCGCAAUCCUUGAGGCGAGCCUCGAGCAUACGAAGAACAUUCACUGCCGUGAAAAGGAAAAAUGUUUGUCUGCAAGUGAAAUUUACAGUAGAUGGUCUCGUGGAAACGCUGCGGAGAACUCGCGUGAAGUUUGUGCACUGUCUUCUACCUCAGCACAAUGCAGGUUGCACCGACAAUAAAAGCCUCCUCUCUGUGAAAUCGAAUCAGAGCGAGGACAGCGUCAUCAAUGUGCCUCUUCUGCGAUCGCAGAUUCGCGGAAGUCAGAUAAUAGACGCUAUUCGUCUACACAAAGUUGGAUUCCCGAAACAUAUGGCCCUGGGUGAAUUUAGACGUCGAUUUGGAUUACUUUCGAGCGACGUGAACGCUCGUCCCGGAAGUCCUGUCACCGAUGAACGUCGCGCCGUCGAGGACAUGCUGCUGACCGUCGACGUCGAUCCCGCAUCCUAUCGAGUCGGCCAAAGCCAGAUAUUCUUCAGAUCGGGCACCUUGGAACGACUGGAGGCUCAGAGGGACGAGAAACUCACCGGCCACAUCAUUUUACUGCAGGCGAGAUGCAGAGGCUAUCUAGCACGGCGCAGACUCAACACUUUGAAACUGCAAGAUCUCGCAGUGCGCUGCAUCCAGAGAAACGUGAGGAAGCUAAUGUCCGUGCGAGAAUGGCCUUGGUGGAGAUUGUACGUGAAAGUCGCGCCCUUGUUGAAUGUUCAUCGAACUGAGGAUCAGCUGAAGGCGCGAACGGAAGAGCUCGAGCUUCUCAAGGCAAAAGUGGAGCGCUUGGAGCAGGAACGUAAUCAUCUGAAACACGACAACGACAAAUUAGAGGCAAAGCUGAGCGAGAUGACAGCAGACUUCGCCGAGGAGCAUUCUACGUCAACCUUAGCGGCGGAGAGGAUCGAUGCCGAAACGUCGGAGCGUCUGCGACUCGAGAGGGAGUUGCAGGAUGUGACCGAGGCUAACAAGAAUCUUCAGCAGACGACCGAACGGCUGGAGAUGGAACUGCUGUACGCGAGAGCUGCCGAUUUGAACGGGGUAGCUUCCGAUGGCGAGGAAGGCGAGGACGGCGGUGUUUAUAGGCAACGAUAUGAGAAUGCCAUUCGAGAGCUCGAGUUCACGAAGAGGAAAAUGGCACAACAGCACGAGGACGAUCUGGAGCAACUGGUGGGACUCAAGAAACAGUUGGAGAAGAAGUUGGCCGAUGCUUACGAAGAGGUGGAGGAGCAGCGACAAGUCGUCGGACAGUGGAAGCGACGAGUUCAGAAACUGAACGGCGAGAUGCACGAUCUCAGAUUACUGCUGGAGGAACAGACCGCUAGGAACAAUUUACUGGAAAAGAAACAGCGCAAGUUCGAUUCGGAAACUCAGAACCUGAUGAACGAUCUUAGACAAGAGAAAGCACAGCGUGAAAGAUUAGCGAGAGAAAAGGAGAUUGCGAUCGCGGAAAAGUUCACAAUAGAACAAAAUCUAAGCGACGCAAGACUAGAGAUUGAACUGAAAGAGGAGAGACUACGCACGUUGACCCAAGAAUUGGAGGAGCUCACUUUCGGCGGUAAAACGGAAGAGGAAGUGGCGCAGCUGAAGAAAGCGAAACACGAGUUGGAGAAACGCGCCAAGGAUCAAGAAGAGGAACUGGACGAUUUAGCUGGUCAGGUGCAGCUGCUCGAGCAGGCGAAACUCAGGCUGGAGAUGAGCAUCGAACAACAGCGCAAGGAGAUGCGUAAAGAGAUGCAACAGCGCGACGAGGAACUGGAAGACGUUCGCGGAAACGCGCACAAGAAAGUUAAGGCUCUCGAGUCGCAGUUGGAAAACGAGCACGAGGAGAGGACGAUUCUUUUAAGGGAGAAGCACGAAUUGGAACGCCGUUUGGUAGCUUUGGAGGAACAAGAUCGAGCCGAUCGCGCGACUGAAGCCGAGACUAUGCAGAGACUGAAGAGAGACUUGAAGAGGACAAAGGCCUUACUCAGGGACGCGCAGACGAUGCUCGAGAGAUCCAAAGGCGAUUCGACGGGCAAAGCCGCGCUGCGUCAAUUGAAGAAUCAGCUGGAAGACGCGGAAUGCGCUCGAGCAGUGGCGAUUAAAGCGAAACAGGCGUUGGAACAGGAACUGAACGAAACGCAAGCGAGUCUGGAGGAAGCUAUGCGACAACGUUCCGAAGCGGAAGAGCGGGCCAAUGCGGCCAAUCGCGAACGCACGGAGCUGUUGUCUCAGUUAGAAGAAAACGAAGAGGAGCUUGCUGAGGUCUUGAAGAAAUAUCGAGCCGCCGUGCAACAAGUUUCUUCGGAGCAAAGCCAAUUGCAAGAGGCUCAGGUUCAAAUUGCCGCACUCGAGGCGGAAAAGUCAUCAUUGAAGGACCAAUUAGCGGAACUGGCGCAACGAUUAGAAUCAGUGGAGCAACUCGGCGACCCUACGGCAAACAGUCUCGCUACGAGACGCCUGGAAUUUCGAGCCAAGGAGCUCGAGAGCAAGCUCGAACUGGAGCAAACCACGAGAGCGCGUUUGGAGACGCAAAUAGCACGGUUGAAGGAAAGCGUAGAUAAAUUACAGACGGAAUCAGCCUUACUCAGAACAAAGGAGCAGACUGCUCAAGACGCGGCGAGACGACUGCAACGAUCCUUGCGCGAUGCACGAGACGAAGCCAGCUCAGCGAUAUCGCGUGAACAGGAGGCCCUACGUGCUCGUCGCGAUACAGAGAAAUCUUUGGAAGCCGCAGAGGCUGAGACCAAAGUGGCCAGAGAUGAUCUCAGAUUGGCGCUACAGAGGAUCGACGACUUGCAGAGCGCGAUUCAAGGAGAGCUCGACUUGGACUGUAGCGAGGAAGCCACGAGCGAGAAUAGCGAUAGUGAUUGAUCCGAGCCAAUAUCGGGCCUCGAGUCCGAUCAAAAUGACGAAGGCACGACUGAAACAGGAUCAAUGGACCAGAUGAUGGAUUUAUCUUUGCGUACCGAAACGUCGAACAAAACGUGAACCCGCCUCGUAUUUAACGUAUACGACCGAGACUUACAUAAAAAAGUGACAAACUAGGAUCAUAAUCCGGAGAGACGAAAGACUGGUGAAGAGAAUACGAAGGACGGUAUAAUAGCUCGAAAUCGCGAUGAACUUUAAUCGUGCUGUUUGAACGACGCCGCUGGCGUCUUUUUUCGCUGUCGUGAGGAAUAAAACUACCGCAAGAGUGAAUAAAAACUAGCGCGGAGGCUAGUUGAAUGACGAAAUCAAACUUAUGAAGUAAAGUUCGAGCUGCGGAUCAAGCUAAGAUCACUAAGCUAAUUAACUGUGUGCUCACACAUAGACAUUCUCUCUCUCUCUGCGAGCGAUGAUAAACUUUUUAGGUGCUAACUAUGUAUAAUUCUCAGAAAAAACCUCGAUGUCGUGGCUAACUUUGCACGUCGCACUUAGUCGUGCGUCUGCGGUGCUAUUAUCUCUUGUCCGUUUUUCUUCUUCUUUUUUUUCUCUUCUUAAACCGUCGAUGACAACGACGUCGUCCUUUUCCAGUCUUCCACAGAAAUUCGAGCCAUUUCUUCAUAAGCGCGAAUGCGAAUAUUGAUGAAAUUGCGUACAUUUACUGCCGAACAAAAGUCGAAAUAGGAUUUGACAGAAAAAGCAUUUUUAAUGUUGACAAAGACAAAUUUAUAUCUUUUUAUUAGAAAGAUAUAAGCAAAUAUUUUGCAACGAAUUUUAAGCAAUAGAUUAAAACCUUCUUCUUGAUUUUAAUAAUAUCGAUGUAGCGAGACUUUACCUCUUUUAUAGGAUAUUCGUGCUUUUGUUCGACAGCGUAGAUAUACAUAUAUGUCGUGCGAAUAUUUUUUUGUAGAAUUAGCUCACUUUUUAGAAAAGGACACAUUGCGCUUUUUAUUCUUUACUUCACCUUUGUAUCACAUCGUGUAAAAAGGAAGGAAAGGAAAGGAGCACGACAGAGAAACGCGUGCCACGACUCAAAUUAGGGCUUUGGUUUCAUGUAAGGAUUCUCGUGUAACUUAUUGCUUUGUAAAAUGCAGAUCUCCUAUUUAAUUA